AAUAUUGAAAAUAUAUAUUACUUACCCACAACUCUGUUCCCCAACUCAUGACUUCAUCAGUAUGUUAUAAAUCCAACAAAUAUAAAUUAUUAUCACUUCCAACAGCAGUUCAAGUUCUCCUGUACAUUCAAUAUGGAUUUGGAACUGUCACGCAGGCGCAAAGGGGCAAGGACAACCGGAAAUGUCCUCUCCUUCUUCCGCAUUGACUUUUUAUAAUUAAAAUAAUUAAAUACAUUUUUGGUAGUGUCAUUUUAAUUUUGAUAUGAAAUAUUAUCUAAGAAAUCAAUAUGCCUAAAAAUAAGUUUGAUGAGUUCGUAAAUACAAAAUCUCCUUUCUGCGAGUUAGACCAACAUGGCGGGGCCAAAGGAGGAUGUUGUUUUGGUGUCUGAUGAAGAUGAGGAUUCCACUAGUAGAACGCAGGUGGGAAGAGCCCAAAUCAAAAGUAAAGCAGAUGAAGCAUUUGAGGAGCUGCUGUCUGUAUGUGAAGAACAUAUGAAAAAUGACAAGAAAAUAAUAGAAUUUUUGAAAAAACGGCACAGUGCUGCCAGUUCCUCCUACACUCAAAUGGAUGAAUUUUGUGACCGUGUCGCCAUAACAAGGGCCAAAAUUGAGAGUGAACCUAAACGCAUUUAUGUGCAUCUCAUUGAAUUGGCCAAUGAACUUAAAGCAUAUAAAAGAAAGCAAGAAAGACCUUUGUCAAGUAAAAAAAGAAAGGCUGAGGAUUUAAACAGUGAGGAAGAGAAGGCAAAUGUGAAGAAAUUGACUUUACCAGGGUCAGCUCAUUCAGAGAUUGUUUCUAGAGGAAAUGAUUUAAAACAUCAUUCAGCUCUUGAAAUACAAACUUCUGUAUCUGAGGGCAGUAAUCAGUCCGAUAAUCUGUUCACAAAUAAAAAUCCUGGUGCUGGGCAUGGAGCCGGUUUGGAUUCCUGGACUAGUGGUGCUGAAGACUCUAAUCAUACUUCUGCUCAUAAAGAUAAUGGUGCGGCAACCAGUGGUGCUAACAAGACAAGUGGACCUGGUGCUGGUGAAAGAGGCAGGGAAAAAAAGACUGGCUCUGGGAGACAGAUACACAAACUGGAAAAAUUACUGGAGGAUAUCAGUAAAGCAAUAAAAAAGUUACAGGAGAAAGAGCUAGAUCUAGAUGCUUUGGAUGAUGAGGACUCGGCUUAUUUGCAAGAGGAAAGGUUGCAGAAGAGAUUUGUUAAAGUUUGGAACAAGAUUUGUGAUCUUAAGGGGAGAGCACCAGCCACAGGGCGUCCCACAGAGCUCAAGUUUAGAUAUGAGGGUAGUAGAUAUGCUGAGUUAAACAAAGCAAUUGAAAGGUUUAUCAAUAAGAAGCACAUCUUUCCUGACUACUACGAUGUAAAGAAAAUCAUUCAGAAGACCAAUGUCAAGCAUCAUUUGAGAUUGGGUCAAAAAGCUUUAUUGGACCUGGCAAAAGAAAUCUUCACAGAUGUUGGAAAUCUGCUUCAGGAGAGGAGAAUAAAAGAUUUCACUUCUAAUUUUGGUUGCCAUUUAACAGAGAAUUACAAGGAACAUGAAGACCCAGCUCUGUAUGACCGUGACCUUAGGAGGAGGCUGGAAGAAAACAGAAAAGUUUCUAAAUCUAAACUGGAGGAGGUAAUCAACAAGUUUGCCAGAAAGCAGUACGACCUUCAAGAAGACCCGGAAGAGGUUCCAUCUGAGGGGGAUGACGAGAAGGAUUCCAAUGCAGAAGAAGAAGAAGAGAAAGGCACCGAUAUCGAAGGUGACAAUGCCUUGGGUGUAGAAGAAGCAGAAGAUAGUGAUACAGGCACAGGAAAAGAUACUGAUAAAAAUGAUGACGAUGACAGUGAUGUAGAAGAAAUAAGUCCUGAAUCUCAUAGAGACAGUGGAAAUGAUGUUGACAGUGUUGUUGAAGAUAAAGACAUAGAGGAAGAGGAGUCCGAAGAGGAGCUAGGUGUGAAAUUAGCACAAGAUGGUGCUAUUGAUUCUGACAGCGAGGAAGUCAGCAGGAUAUGCACAAGAAAGAGGCCAGAAGAUGUCAACCCUGUUCAUGUUGUGCCCUUCGUGACAGCUGUUAGAACAUACAGCCCAUUACCUUCAAGUGCCAACCGUUUAUGCAGCAAAACCAAUGAUGUUCAAAGCACAAAUACUGAUUUUGCACAAAAUGUGGUUGUGCAUUGCCCAGGUCAUGUACCAAACAAAGCAACCUCACAGCUGAUGGUGCAUCAGGAGAGAAUUAUUGCUUCCUCACACCUUGAAAUUCCACAGGAAAGUUCUAACCUCCAACAACAGCAUGUUACCCUACGCGAAAAAUCAAACUCCCAGUCAGAAACUCAUAACUCCCCAGUUGACAGAAACCUUGGGACAGAAAAAUGCAUUCCCAGUGAUGAAGCUUUGAAUUCAGAUUCUAUUUUUUCUGGCAGUUUUGUAUCCCCCACAGAGCAGUUAAGUGAAGAUAAUGCUAACACUGAGGAGCCAUUUUCAUCACUGUCUCUUGAAAGCUAUUAUACACCACCUACUAGGCAACUGUCAACAAAUGAGGAAAAUAACAUUGACUAUCAGAGCUACAGUGACUCCCAGAAUUCCACAUUAGGCAGUGUGGAUUUGGAUUGUGCUGGCAACACAGGGAAAGUUUGUGAAAAACCAUAUGCAAUGAAGGAAGUGGCAGGGAAUGUCUCUGACACCAGGGGCAAAACAGACUCACAAAGAAGCAUCUUAGAGGAAAAAUAUUUUAUUUGCACCACUGACUUGGACACAAGUAAUGAUUAUUCUGUCAUAACAAACCAAUUUUCUUCAGCUUCGGCCAACAGUGAAGACAGCAGUGCUGAGCCUAAUAAUUCAGCACCUCAUUCUUUAGAAGACAUUUUUGCUGAAUCUCCUGAUAUUAAUGAAACGUUACUCACAGAAAAAUCACCUUCCAGUAAUGAUUAUACUGUCAUAACAAACCAAUUUUCUUCAGCUCCAGCUGACAGUAAAGACAGCAGUGCUGAGCCUAAUAAAUCAGCACCUCAUUCUUUAGAAGACAUUUUUGCUGAAACUUCUGAUGUGAAUGAAACGUUUCUCACAGAAAAAUCACCUUCCAGUAGUUCAUCAGCAACAUUAGAGGCCAGUCCUUUAAGAAAUGUCUCAGAGAUGUGUUCCAGCCCUGCAGGUUCGGCAGUCCAGAAAGAUGAGGAUGGGCAGAAAAAGGAGCAGAAAAUUUGUGGCAACAGUUUGGAGGAAGUGCAUUUAGUUGAUAAUGAAAGCACUGUGGCAAGUGAAUUUGUUAUAAAGAAACCUGUUGAUGCCAAUUUCAAAGAGAUUAAUAAUGACUACUCCGAGGAGGAUAGCAUUGACGGCAGUCAGUCAUUAUUGACCAAGAUGGAAAAUUUGAUGGAUCUUACUGAGAAAGAAAUGGAUUCUAAAAAUGCUUCCUAUCAUUCUGAUCAAGAGGAGAAAAGAAGGGAUAUGAAUGAAGAAACACUUCUUCAAGAUAAUGAAGGGGAAUACACAAUGGACCCCAAUGACAGGUGUAGUCAGUCUUCCAAAGAACAGCAGAGUUACCUUCAAACAAAUCAAAGUGAGGGCAUUUCUUUACAACAUAAACAUGAUGGGGAAGAGAGUCGUCCGAAGCCCAGUUCAAGUAUAUUGACCAAUGUAGAUAGCAUUUCAAAAGGCAGCAGUACAACAGCAUGUGAAUUAGAUUCCAACCAAGAAGGCAGCAAUCAGCAAAUGACCAAACCAGACAAUACAAAUGAGAGCAGUAUUCAAACAAUUGCCAAAUUAAAGAGUGAUUCCAUUUGUGAUGAGAGUAAAAAGGAGUAUGGCCUAUGGGUUGAUGACUUGUCCAACUCCUCUUCACUGUUACUGGCACCAGACCAUACACCGGACUCUAAGAAUUCCCACCUCACCAGCAGCCUGGACAUAGAGGAAAACACUGAAGAUGGUGCAGACAGUCAAGAAAUCGUACUAUACAACUUAAAUGGAGAAGACAUACACAUGGAUGCUGAAUGCAAAGAGGGGGUUGCAGUGGCAUCUGACAGUGAUAAGGCAGACACUUGUUUUCAGGAGUAUGUUUUCCAAGAGGAUUCCAACCAUUGCUCUUCCACCACCCCUGACCUUGACAUAAGUGACAGUGUUAACUUUGGUUGUUUAGAUAAACCAAAAGAGGAGGUCUCAAAGAAUGAUUAUAAUUAUACUGAUCAAAACCAUUCUGGUAUUGAGAAUUUCCCCAAAGAGCAAACAUCAGAAGUGGCUUCCAAUAAAGACUGUGCUCAAAGCAAGUCAGGUCAAACAGACCAGUGCAUGGAUAAGAUUGAAACUAAAGCUUUUGACCCAGAUGAGUGCAUUGUUGAACUUGUUGUUCCUGAGGUGGACAGUGCAAGAAAAGAGAGUAAAAUAAGUGAUGAUCAAAGUGAUGCAGGUGCUAAUAUUGGAAAAUGUGGCCUGAGCAACAUUGUCAGGGAAAACAAUGAGCAGACCAACCCUCUUCCCACUGUGACUGAUACGGAUAGCCUACCUCAGGAGAACAUUGCUUCAGUGGCAUGUGAGAGCCCCAAACCAGCACCAGCUGGGGCUAACAUCCAGUCUCAACAAAUAAAGCAUGAUGGGGAGAGCACCCCUUCUAAACCACAAGGCACAGUGACUUCCAUUCCCAAGCCAGCUGAGGCAAAGCCAAAGACAAUCCACCUAAAUAUUCCAAAGGCAUUUAAGUUGAAAGUUGGCAAAGUGAUAGGAAAUAGAAUUAAAGACAAAAAGCAGAUGGUAGUUGUUCCGAUAGAUGCCAAGAUUAGUGACACAGAUGCCAACAGUUCAAAUGCUGAUCAUGCAUCAAUCAAUAAUCAAAAAGACAGAAGUGGAAAUGAUAAAGGUUUUGUAGAAAAAGAUUAUCCAUGUACUGAAAGACAAGAGCCAAACAAUAAGGAUCUACAAGAGAAACCCACCAAGGCAGCAACACCCAGCAGCUUUCAGGGCACUCCUGCUAUAAGUGGAAGUAUAGAUACCGAAGCUAAACUUCUCGGAAAUGUUUCAGCUGUACCAAAAACAGGAUCUUCUCAAGUCACUAGUCAGCCUUCAACUAUUUCAAAACCGAGUGGCCUUGUUGGUAGCCUUCAGCCUAGCAUGGAAAGAAUUCCAUCUGUUCAGAGUUCAAGUAGUUCUAAUCAGAUUGUAGUAACUUCUGUAGAUGCAUCAAAGCAUUCAAAAGGACCCCAUUCAGUGACACCUGUGUCUUUGUAUAGGAAUGUUACCAGUACCAUGACAUUGACAUCAGGUAGUGUAAUUGGCCACACAACCAUACCAUCAAGCACACCCCCUGAGAUGGCCUCCACUUCAGGUAUUGUAGUCCAGAAUAGAAAAACAAAUCUUUUAGAAGCUCCAACUUGUACCAACAAAGGUGUUACCAAUAUUGUGCUUUUGAACUCCCCUAGAGUGCAACCACCAUCAACAGUACUGGUUAACAGUAAUCCACAGAUAUGUUCUCAACAAGGCAGUACUGUAGGAUCUAGACAAAAUUGGAAGACCCCUCCACCCUCUAAUGCCAAUAUUCAAAUCCUUCCUGCCCCACAAGGUCAAGGACAGAACUUGGGUCCAGGACUGGCUAAUCCUGCAUUAACCUACCUUCUUCUCCAAAGGCCAUCAUCUAAUCCAAUAAUGCCUGCUACAUGCUCUUAUUCCAAAGCAUCAGUGAACAGCACUAUGGUGAGUCAGAUAAGCAAAACACCAGUAGGAGUCCGCGCAAAUGUCAUUAGGCCAGGGCUGCCAGCACAAGGUCUUUUUAUACCACCCCAGGGGUUAAGGCCCCAAGCUACUCCUUCGACAUCCUAUGUACCAUUACAGACAUUCGGUGCACCUCCGCCACCCACUCAUGUACUGGGCAGAACAUCUGGUCAUCUGCACAACACUGGACAACUCACUGCGUCCACCGUUCCCCCAAAGUCUCCAAUUAUACCAACUCCUCCAUCAUCAGAUAUUUUGCAAAGGAAGAAUUUAUCUGCAGUAGUAUUACCCCCUAGACCAACGCUUACUACAGUAAGGGCAGGAAAUUUGGCCUCUGCUUUGGCAACAUCAUCUGUGUCAGAGCACAACAGAAAGAAGGAGUUAAGUGACCAAGUAGGCAAAGAUGGUGGCAGUCCUUUGAGGAUUGCCUCUUACAAAUCCCUGCUAACAAAUGUAGAAGUCAAACCAUGCUAUGUUGAUGAAAAGGUGAUUUGGGUAGCAAAAUCAACAACGAAUGACAAUGAUAGUACAGAUGAAUCUCAGAGAUUGAUGGACUUAAGGGUGUCUAAAAACCAGUAUCCAAGUAUAGCCAAAGGGUUACUGUCUGAGAAACACACAGAGAAAAACAUUAAUGCUCCAAGACCAAUAACACCAGCAUUUCAGGCUGCAGCAAGCCAGUCUCCACAGGCUUCCAUUGUACCUGAACGUGUCAGGAACACGACUCUGGUUGAUAAUUCAACAAGAGUAGCAGUACCUCAGUGCCAAACCAAACCUCAGCAUACCAGAGAUACAUCCACAGAUACCGUUGCAUUAUCUCAGAGCCAGUGUAAGGCAGGGGUUUCAUCAGUUUCCACAGAAACUGAUCAAAGAAUCAUAGAGUUUGUUGUAGUAGAUAAAGAGAAAAAUAAACGCAAGGUGAAAAUUAAGCUGGCUUCAGGUACCACAAAUUAUAUCAAAGAGGAGGCGAUAAAAAAGACUGUUAUGGACACUCUGUCAACUGUAGGUAUUGGCAGACUCCUGGAGCAAUCUCCAACAGCUGCAGCAGAUGGUGGGAGACAAAAAAUGGAAGUCUGUGUAGAUAACAUAGAUAAUGCAGGAAAAGAAGUGGCCGAUGCUGUAAGCACAGCACUCAAAAAAAUGAUCAAACACUGUGGUCCUAAGGCUUUCUCAGUGGUAACAACUGUUGCCUCUCGAUCUGAGUCAUCUGGAGCAGGCACCAGAACUUGGUGUGGUAUUGGGAAGAGAGUGGUAGGGCAGGGCACUCCAUCCAGUCAGCAGGGGCCCAGGCAGAAUAGAACUGAACCAAAUUCAGAUGAAGCUGUUAUUGUUUUAUCGGACUAACUAGUUUCAGUAUUUUGUUUAGGUAGAUCUAGUCACUCAAGAAAAGGUGCUUCUUGACAUGUAGCCAGUUUGGUUUUCAAAACAUUUGCGUCAACAAUCAAGUAUGACAUUGUUUAACAAAAUAUUGUUUUGUGUACAAGUGUGGUCCUUUCAAAAUAUACAAAAAAAUUGAUUUUCAGAAUAGCUUUAUAAUGGAAAUUUUAGUUAACAGAAAAUAGUAAAAGUUACUUGCUUAAUCUGUCCAUCAGUGACAUACUUUAUUUGUUACUAUGAGUUAGUAACAACAAAUUGAAGGGAUCUUUCUUCUGAGUUUUACUGCUGAGUCACAAAAGCAAAUGCGAUUUCCAUGUAUAUAGUCAUUAUUAUAUGAGAGGGUGCAUAUUGAGAUAAUCAUGGGCCCAUGUAAUCAUAAUCUUAAUUUUUGUAUGUUUAUUACAUUGGCUGGAAAUGUGAAUUGAUAAUAACAAAAUAUAUUUUUUUACUGAAACAAUUCAUUGAAUAUUUAUGCAGACACAUCACAAUGGUCAAAAUACAAUUGAAAGUGAAUGUGUGAGUAAAAGUGUUGUCGAUAAAACAUGCAACAGUUUGGUUCUUUAAGCACCCUGCAGUUGUUCGCAAAAUUGUAAAGAAACCCUGUAAUUGGAAAGGUGUAAAAUCAAGCAAGAUUAAGAGCUGACAUAAUUUAUCCACAAUAAUAUUUUGGUCAAAUUGUGGUGUGCUACACAAAAGUAUAUAGUCACUGUUUUGAGUCUCGUCGGUGUAUUCCUUUUUAAGAGGACAUUCUCAGCACAAAGAGUUUCACUGUCAUUGUUGGACAAUUUACCUCAUCUUGGUGAUUCUUGCCCCUUUUAAAAUUCUGAAAUGAUAUUGUGCAGUGCAGACAGCCUAGUUUUAGGUAAUCUGGGUUGUUUUCCAUUCCUUAGGACAUGAUUGUAGUCCAUAAUCUGAAACCUGAGAGAUGUUGGAACAUACGAAACAAGCAUCGGUGGAGCAUGGAUUCCCAGUAACACAUGUAAACCACUUCUAUUAGUUUGAUAUACGUCUCAAAUAAGUUCGACAUGCCAAGGGAUAAACUGAAUAGAUCACUCCAUCAGCCAUAAAAAAGCUUUAUACUGCUCCUUUCUUUAAAUUUUCUGUCAGAACUUUAACCUUCUUUUGUGGCCUACUUUUCUGCCCAAUUGACAUACAGCAUAAAAUGCUAGCAGAAAAAUCCAUUCAAACA